UACUCUUGUUUAGGACUGAUGCUCUCAUGUUGACUAUAGAGAGAAAAGUGUUUAAAACUGACGAAAGUCUCGAUCAGAUCAGACAAUUUAAUGAGAUUGUGGAAGCAUUUCAAAAUGAACAGAAUUGCUACAUACAAGAGUUACAGAUUAUGGCGGAGAAAAUAAAACCUGUUUUUGACAACCCCAAAUCAGGCGUGAACGGGGAUACGGUGGAUGUUAUAUUUGGAAACGUAUGUGAGUUGGUAAAAGUGGAAUUAGAAUUGCAGAGUUGCAUGGAGGAAAUGAAAGUUAUCACUACCUCAGACACGCUGCUACCAGUGGGGUCUGUCUUCAAUCACUUUGCUAAGUCAGAACAGUUGGAGGUGUACGUUUACUACGGCAACAAUUAUGCAAUGUCAAUGAAUCACGUGGAAAAGCUGAAAACAGAAAAAGAUAACCUCAGAUACUCCUUCGAAGAUUGUGUGAAGUUGGGUUUCUCGGAGGAUGCAGUAACGAUACUGCUGGAAGUUCUGCUCUUCAAGCCAAUACAACACAUCUCUUACGUAUUUGACACUAUCCGGGAUCUGAUAAGUUGUUUGAAGAACUUGUCUAAGUUACACUCUGAAAGUGAGAAAUUCGCGACCAUCCAGAAAGAUCUCCUCAGAGAAGCUUUGUAUUUCUUGGAUAAUACGGAGUCUGCUGUUCAGGAUGUAAUGGACAAGUUCUAUAACGAUUACAGAUAUUAUCCACUCUACCUAGUGCCACGCCCUUCUCGUGACAACCCACUUCAGCUACUCUUCAAGAGUUACAUGAGCAUGAUCGUGGAGAAGAAGGCGGAGCUAAGACUAGUGGAAGUGACUGAGGAAACCAUAACAAUCAGCAUGUUGGAUAAAGAAAACCGAGACAUAAUUUUACUGAAACAAAGAUUUCCGAUAACUGAAGUUGAAACUGUCAAAGAUCUUCAUAAUGAUCUCAACCAGUUCAGUGUCAAUCUAAAAGAUCAAGUGAUAAAUCUGCUGCCGGCUAAAGCUGAAGAUAAGAAUGAUGUGGUGGUAUCUUUAACCGUCCUACUUUGUCGAAGAGUGUUUGUCCCCGAAACUCGUAACUCUCUGCUCAACAUGGGCCGGUUUAUGUACUCUGAGUACGACGAAGUUUACUCCGGUCCGAGCACUUCUGAACCUGUACUCAACAAUAACCUCUCCUCAUUGGUGGAACGCCUCGUACAGGGAGCUGUCACUGAUGAAGGGUUUACUAAAGAUUUUCUGACAGUUUUCAAACUUUUCACUACUUCGGGGAUACUGCUAGGACUGUUGCAGGAAAAGUUUCACAAAUACAAGAUCGAAGAUGCCAAGGACAAGGAAAUAACAGAGAAGACUCAGAAGUUAAAAGUUUUCAGUAUUCUCAAAACCUGGAUUCUUAUUGACAAGACAGACUUUUUAAGGGAUGGGCUUCUUGGAUCAAACCUCUGGAUAUUCCUAGACAGUUGUAAGAAGACACCCUGGCUGCUAAAAUGGGUGAAACUGAUAGAAAAGCUUAUAGAGGACCCGACCAACAGCACUAAGAUAAUGAGUAUUGGAACAAUUGACAGUAUCACAUGUUUACUGGACGAAGAAGAACCUCCUCCCGAUACCUUGUGGUAUCUGACCAAAACACCUAUCAAAUACAGCUUACUUACUCUACACCCAGUAGAACUUGCCAGGCAGAUUACUUUAAUUGAACACAGCUGUUUUGCUAAAAUGAGACUAUUUGAUAUCAUAGUUAAUGAAGGUGAAGCAGUAUCCAAACUGCGAGAAUUCCAAGACAGAUACAGUUUGUGGAUAAGACGAUCAAUUGUUGAGAGUAGAAACUUAGAGGAGCGCUCAGCAAUGUUUAGAAAUAUGUUUCACCUUCUGAAAUCACUUCACAGUAUCCGGAACUAUAGUGGACUGAUGGCUGUGUACAACGUUCUACAAAGUGCGGAACUGUACAGACUGAAGCAUUCGAUGCGGCAGUUGUUGUUAAAAUUCAAGGAUACGCUGUCAAAGAUCGAAGACCUCCCCAAGAAUAAUUACGAGGAUUACUGGAAAACCAUAUUAUCAGAAACUUCCCCUUCUAUACCACUAAUAGGAUCGUACAAUCGGUUUGUUAAAGAAUCCAAUCUGAGUUUUGUAAAUGGAGAGGAAGUGAACUUUGAAGCUUGUCUGAAAAUGUCUGACAAGGUUGAAAACAUCACGUUAUUACAGAAGCGGGCAUUUAACUUUACCUGCCAGGAAUCUAUCAAGGGGUUCUUGCUUGAAGUGUGCCCUUACGAGCGUAAAACAAGAAAAGAGUUUCUCUCAGAUCUCUAUGAUAAGAGUCUUACGGUGGAACCCUUUAAUGGUCCUCCUUCUUUCUUUAAGAGAGUUACUGAUUACGAUCUGUCCUGGGACCCAGUCGAGUUUUUCGGUUGGAAGAGCACAUCAGUCAAACCCAAGGGAGGACCAAGUGUUGAUAAAGCUACAGAAAAGUUCAAUCUUUUUGCGAAGAAAGUACAUGAGCAGAUUUCAGAGAGUGAAGAUGAAGAUGAUCCAGUCAGAAUCAGAAAAGGAUCGACCCUGACAAAGUCAAAGUCAUUUUGCAGCCGGAGGUUAGAUGAACCACCCCCACUACCGCCUAGAGUAGCGGCUAUCAACAAGUCUAACUGUUUGAGUCGAAGUCGGAGUUUUAACACUGAGAACAGAAGCCCAUAUGACAUGUAUGUGCUGCCAGAAAAAAGACCACCAAUAACCGCCGGUAUUGGAGACAGGGGUUCGCCAAUUUAUAUCCAGAGUUCUCCUUUGAACAGCCCUAUAUUGUACGGACACAAUUCUCCAGUUUAUGGACACCACUCACCAGUCUAUGGACACAAUUCACCAGUCUAUGGACACAAUUCACCAAUCUAUGGACACAAUUCACCAGUGUACAGAGAAGCUGCUCAUAUCUACGCUCAAGUCCCUCAGCUUUACGAACAGAUGCAAAAUCCUGCCAGAAAAGCCCAGAAUUCGCCCCCUCAAGACAAACCAAAACAGCGUGUGAGACCUAAUGUGAGACCAGUCGUUCAGAAGAACGUAGGAUCACCAUCUCCAAACAGUUUUGUCAGAUCCACGGUUCAGACAGGGAAAGCGUCACCUUCACCACCUUUACGGAGAAGCAGAGCAAACAGUUCAAAGUCAAAAGUACCACGCAAAUUAGGUCUGGAAAGUCCGCCUCCAGCGCUGCCACAAAAGACUAGGCAAACAACACUCCGUAGAAGAGUUGCAGUGCCGCCCCCAGAGUACGAUAUACCUGAUGAAUCCUACGACACCAUUGAGAAUUACCCAAUGAGACCGCCACCAAUUCCACCUAAAGUUUGCAAACCUCCUCCAAUCCCUCCCAGGGCUUAGCUUGAACUUAAAACUUUAUUGUCUCGAACUUGAGAUUUGUACAGCUUUUGCACUGCCACGGUUUUGACGAUAGAGACAGUUUAAAAUUGAUUGCGUAUUUUUUGAUAUUUGAAACUUUGGCAGAAAAUUUUUAACAUGGUUAGCCGAUUACACGUGUAGAUGUGAAUCUACACUUAUAUUAGUUUCAAACGUAAAACAAAUUAAAUUCUGGGUUACAAAAGCGUUUAGUAAUGUUAUUUAACUACAAUUUGAAUCGUUUAAACAGCAUUUAUAAUAAGAUAACGUGUAUUUGUAUUUUAUACCCAAAGUCAAAUUAUGUCGAAAACAAAAUUAUAAAUAGAUAUAUUCAAUAUCAACAAAGUUUACGUUAAAAUUUUGAUUUCUGCUGAAAUAAAGCGAUACUAAUCACACUAAUUUGUUAUAUUUUAAAGAAUUUAUGUCCUACAUAUUAUGAACGAUGAAUAAAUAAGCAAUUUUCCCCAACAUGUCAAUAUCAGACUCUUCAAAUUGUGAAGACGGGUGAAAAAUUAAAUCGCU